CCCUAUCCCUCGCUGUACAGCCUCGCCCUCCCCGCGCGGGGCGGCGCGGCCUCGCGGCCCGGCCCGGCGGCGCGCAGGCUGGCCAGCCCCGGAUAGGCGCCGCCCGCAGCCAAUCAGCGUGCCGAGGACGCUGCGCGCUUUAAGGCAGCUGCAGGGAGAACAGAAACCAAGUUCCCCGGCAACGAGCAGCAUCCACCCGGCCAGAGGCAGGAGCCAGCGAGGCCCGAAAAGCUGCGGAGUGAGCCGGCCGUUCCUUUUCCAGCGCGCGCUCUACUCCUCCUCCACUUACUCGGCCGCCCGUCUUCAAGUCUCGACUCGCUUUUACGCCUUCGCACAGCCUAGGGAGGGGGUUAGAAGCUGCCGCGCCCCCCUCCCUGCGGCUGCCUCCCGCUGCUUUUUCGGCUCUGCUCCCUGCCGCGUGCGCCCGGAUAGUGCGCCCCGGCAGGCCCCAGCCAUGUCGAUGCUGCCAUCGUUCGGCUUCACACAGGAGCAAGUGGCGUGCGUGUGCGAGGUUCUGCAGCAAGGCGGGAACCUGGAGCGCCUGGGCAGGUUCCUGUGGUCGCUGCCCGCCUGCGACCACCUGCACAAGAAUGAAAGCGUGCUCAAGGCCAAGGCCGUGGUCGCCUUCCACCGCGGCAACUUCCGCGAGCUCUACAAGAUUUUGGAGAGCCACCAGUUCUCGCCUCACAAUCACCCCAAGCUGCAACAACUGUGGCUGAAGGCUCACUACGUGGAAGCCGAGAAGUUACGCGGCCGGCCCCUGGGCGCGGUGGGCAAAUAUCGGGUGCGCCGAAAAUUCCCUUUGCCACGAACCAUCUGGGACGGCGAGGAGACCAGCUAUUGCUUCAAGGAGAAGUCGCGGGGCGUGCUGCGGGAGUGGUACGCACAUAACCCCUACCCCUCGCCGCGUGAGAAGCGAGAGCUGGCCGAGGCCACCGGUCUCACCACCACCCAGGUCAGCAACUGGUUUAAGAACCGGAGGCAAAGAGACCGGGCCGCCGAGGCCAAGGAAAGGGAGAACACCGAAAACAAUAACUCCUCCUCCAACAAGCAGAAUCAACUCUCUCCUCUGGAAGGGGGCAAGCCACUCAUGUCCAGCUCAGAAGAAGAGUUCUCACCUCCCCAGAGUCCAGACCAGAACUCGGUCCUUCUGCUGCAGGGCAACAUGGGCCACGCCAGGAGCUCCAACUAUUCUCUCCCGGGUUUAACAGCCUCGCAGUCAGCGCACAGCCUGCAAGCCCACCAGCAUCAGCUCCAGGACUCCCUGCUGGGCCCCCUCACCUCCAGUUUGGUGGACUUGGGGUCCUAAGAAGGGAGGGACUGGGGCCUCGAAGCAGCAACUAGGGACACUUGUAAAUAGACAUCAGGAACACUUUUUGCAGCUUGUUUCUGGGGUUCUUUGCGCAUAAAGGAAUGGUGGACUUUCACAAAUAUCUUUUUAAAAAUCAAAACCAACAGCGAUCUCAAACGUAGUGCCCUCUUCUCUCCGACUCUUUCCACUUACACAUUUCCCCUCCCAGUGUGGGGAUCAGGGGAAAAAAAAAAAAACCCAAACAAACAAAAACAUCCAGUUACCCAGCCUUGGUUCUGGGCAACCCGUGUUCCUGCUUCAGUAGGCUUCCUUUUUCUUUUUUCUUUUUUUUUUUCAGUGAAUGGAAUUACAGAUCAACUGGAUUUUAAUUAUUUCAUCUUAAUUUAUUUAUGGAAAAUGUUUUGAGAAGAGGAAAAGGAAAUGAAAAUGAGAGAGAGAGGGAAGUUAAAACAGUGAAAAGAUCCUCCAGCCUGAGAGGAACUGGUUGCAUUCUUAAGGUGAAUAGGAAAAAUAUGAUCUUAUACUUUUUUGAUGGGGAAAAUUAAGUUUACAUUUUUCAUAUUUAGUGUUAAAUAAUUUUAUGUAGAUUAAAAGGAAAGAACAGUAUUAGGGGGAAAAAAACAAGUGCCUAAAUGUCUUAAUGCUCUCUAUGUGAGGCAGUUAGAAAUAGAAGUGACCAUUAGUAACACAACUAUUUUUGUCAAAUUUAGUGGGGUUUUUUGGUUGUUGUUUGUUUUCUUGGGUUUUUUUAUGGCAAACUUUAAAAAAUGUACCAAUGUGAAAAAACACUUUCCUGAAUGCCAUUACUUCUCAUGCCCUUGAAGCUCUCAUAUCUGUAGCCUACUCCUGUUAAGGGUUUCUCCUAUUCCUAGUUUCUAGCUUGCAAAAAUACGUAACAAAUCUGGCUACCUGGUAUUUGUUACUAAAACAGCAUGUGUUUGCAGGUUUCUUUUCCAUUGUACCUAAACCAGUCUAAAUUAAAACUUAGUAGAACACCAGGA